UCUGUAUUUAAGAAGACUCGACACUAGCUAAUGAGGCCAUAAACUCGUGAGAAAAAUGUUUACUGAGAUGAUAAAACAAGUGAGAAGUGGGGUGUAGCCAUUAAAAGAAACUGACUUCUCUUUUGCAAUCUGUGGAGUCGCCCCCUGCUGGAGAUUAGAUACAUCAAGGUUUAAGGCAUUUCCGGUUUUACUUUUCGAGGCCUUGGGAGAUGCCCCUUGGUCGACAACAAGCUUCCAGGAUCUCAAGCAGGAUAACUAAAUAUAAAAGCAGCACGUGCGUUAAAAUUGGGCAACAUGAGUUUCUCGUACUGACGUAGGCUACUAAGCACCUGAACAGCACACGAAGGCAACAGAACAUGAACAUUUCCUGACGAUAUGACGCCCACCUGGAUAAUGGUGAAGCAGGCUCCAACCGAAGGGGCCAAGUCCAACCCGUCCAAACGGCAUCGGGACAGGUUGAACGGUGAGCUGGAGCGCUUGGCCAGCCUGCUGCCUUUCCCCGAGGAGGUCACCGCCAGUCUGGACAAACUCUCCAUCCUCCGCCUGAGUGUCAGCUACCUGCGGGCCAAGAACUUCUUCUCUGUUGCCCUGACCGGAGUGACUCCAGCUGCUGGGAAUGAAGACGACAGCAAAACAGCAGGAUCGGUGGAGACCAAGAUUCCUGAGGGGGAACUGUUGCUGCAGGCUCUCAACGGUUUUGUCAUGGUUCUCACUGCCAGUGGAACCAUCUUCUACUCCUCUCACACCAUCCAGGACUACUUGGGCUUCCACCAGACGGAUGUCAUGCACCAGAGUGUGUACGAGCUGGUCCACACGGAGGACCAACAGGAGCUCAGGAGAAACUUGCACUGGGCUUUGAAUCCUCCUCCUGCCACUGCAUCUGUCAUUACACAGGACUCCCCCCAAGAGAUGGAAUCAGACAGCAGCUCAUCUGUAGUCACCUACAACCCUGAGCAGCUUCCCCCGGAGAAUUCGUCCUUCCUAGAGAGGAGCUUUGUGUGUCGCUUCCGCUGCCUGCUGGACAACUCCUCCGGCUUUCUGGCUCUGAACAUCCAGGGCAGACUUAAGUUUCUGCAUGGACAGAACCAGCGGCAAGAAAACGGAGGAAAGACUCCGCCUCAGCUCGCCCUUUUUGCCAUUGCGACUCCUCUGCAGCCUCCAUCUAUCCUGGAGAUCAGGACCAAGAACAUGAUCUUCAGAACCAAACACAAGCUGGACUUCACACCCUUCGCCUGUGAUGCAAAGGGGAAGAUAGUGCUGGGGUACACAGAGGCUGAGCUGCGGGUACGAGGAUCUGGUUAUCAGUUUAUCCAUGCAGCAGAUAUGUUGUACUGCGCAGAGAACCAUGUCAGAAUGAUGAAGACUGGAGAGAGUGGUCUGACCGUGUUCAGGCUCCUCACCAAGGAGAAUCGCUGGAAAUGGGUCCAGGCCAACGCCAGGCUGGUGUACAAGAACGGCAAACCAGACUACAUCAUUGCCACCCAGAGGCCUCUUUUGGAUGAAGAGGGAGGAGAACACUUGCGUAAGCGCUCCAUGCAUCUACCCUUUACCUAUGCUACAGGCGAGGCCCUGCUCUACCAGUCCAACCAUCCUAUAGCUGUCUUUAGAGAUGAAGGUCAAGAGAAAAAUGGCAGUAAGUCAAAAAAGAGCCGUGCUGAAAGGCUGGUGAGGGAUGGUCUGGACCCUGGCUCUCUUCUGGGAGCACUUAUGAGUCAGGAUGAGUCGGUGUAUGUUUGUCAGCCAGACCUGGAGCCCAAAAUGUCAAUCCAUAGCUUCUUUGGUGACCAAAUGGGCUUCUCUGACUCAGAACCAACCAGCUUGCACAGGAGCUGGGACGAGCCGAGCAAUGGCGUGCUGGGUCCAGGCAUCACAGAGUCAGGCACCAGCUUUGAUCCGCUGCUGGCUACUAUGGACUCCCUCUCCCUGGACGGUCAAGCCGUUUGGGAUUCGGAUGAGGGGGGUUGUUCAAACAGCGAGCUGUUUGGAGCUCUGGAAGGGCUGGGCCUGAGUGCCGAGGACCUGGAGCUACUGCUGCUGGACGAACGGAUGAUCAGAAUUGAGAUGGACCCCGAACGUGUGCCCAGCUUGGACGACCUGCUGACAAACGAUGAGAUCCUCUCAUACAUCUACAACUCCAUAGAGGGGAGGGUUGAUUCAACCGAGCAUGGAGGACCGGUGCCUCCGAGUACUGCUUCAGCACCAGCCGCAAUCGUGUCGCUACCUGAAAGUAAUGCCACUUCUGACAGUAAUGUGCAAAUGCAGUUUCCCCCGGUGGGGCAGGCUCCCAUCGUUAAGCUGUCCCAGCAGAUGCAACAGCAUCUCAGCAUGCAAACAGGUAAAGUUGUGCAUGACUGGGGCCAGCAGAGCAACCAUUUGGCAACCACGAUAGUUAACGGGGAGUUGAAAUCCUUCACCAGUGGACAAUGGUCCGCCCAAAACAUUCUAGUCACUGCAGGGAUACAACUGGAACACUUUAAAACACAACCGAAUAUUUUCAACGGCAAGGCCUCAGAGCUGGACGGAGAGCUUCAUCAGCAGCAAAUUCAUCAGCGCUACCUGCAGCAGCAACCCAGGAUGCAGAACCAUCUCUCACAGCAGUGCCAAGCCAAACAGAAGGCAGCCAACCUCAACGGACUGUGUGGCGUCUCCAACACUGAGCAUUCGGCAGGGAAAUCCCUUUGGCAGGACUAUGGAUUCAGCGAGAGUCUGGGCAACAACGCCUGCAUUGAUAACGGCCAAAAACCUCUAACAAACACCUCACUAGAUUCUUGCAUGGAUUAUAACAUGCCUGGUGUUGACAUUGCGGAUUACACUGCCAGUGGAAGCGGUUUGUUUGGGAGGAGUGGACCGCAGCACGGGGACUCCACAGCGCCAUCCUUCCAGGGGAUACACCAUAAACAGCAACAGGAGCAGAUCCCAGUUCCUUUGGCUCAAGUCAUCUCCAGCUUGUCGCAGUGCCCACCCCCCAACGCCUCUCUGGAGCAGAUCCUGGGGGUAGGCAAGCCCUGCCGACAGUUGGACGCCUAUGGCAUGGUGACCUCUGAGAUUCCUCAUGACCCCAGUCCCAAUAAGAUGGAGGAUGGCUGCCUCCUGAACAGUACUUACCCAGGAGGCUGUGCUCUGCCUAAUAGAAAUGGAGUGGAGCCCCCUACUGUCCAGAUGCCGAGCCCUGAGACUUUGUCCAGCCUCCCAGACCCACCAGCCACCGGGUUCUACCUCUGACCAGCUGCCCAGCAACAGUCAUGCAGCAGGACUCUGUUAAUGGCCAGAAAGACACAAUGACUGGACCAGCCUUAUAAAUCUAGAUACCACAACAAACAAAGCUGAAUAAACGUAGGCCUAUAUGUUUUUUUCUUUCUUUUUGUUUUUGUUUCCAAUUUGUAUUUUAUUUUUGUGUGUGUAUGUAUGUUGUAUUUCAAGUCAUAUUAUCAUACGAGUCCUUCGUUUACAAUAAUGCAGUCAAGAGUGCUCAGUUGAGUUUAUUUCAAAUACUAGAGAGGUAAAUAUGAGUUUCAUAAAAUUGCGUUCAGAUACAACACGAAGCAGGAUUAAGAGUUUAAAGCAAAUAAAAAA